UUAUUGCUUCUAUUUUGGUGAGAAUCGUCCAUCCGCUCUCUUUGGCUAUCCGUCAAGAAUUUUCAUUCGGCUCAGUCUCUUUUCCACAAAGUUUUGCAAAGUAAAGACGGGCCCAAGCGAGGCUCCCGCGAGUGCUUUUCAAAUAUAAAAAAUAGGAGAUAAAAGUCUGCCUACUGUAAUUAAUCAGUGCAUAAAGGAAGAAAAAUCGGUAAACAAACCGUAAAUAGUGACUACCAAAUAAUCGGUCUCCUGUGGAAGUGCUCGUGAAAAAGAGUAAUCGUCGAAGAAGUUCUGCUGCAGUUUUUAAUCAGUCAAGUGAAAGCAAAUCAUUGAAAAAUCGGACUGAAAAUGCCGCAGACCAAAGCAACAAAUGGAUUUGCCUCCAAUGGCCAUAAUGGCUACGAAAUGGAAGACGGGUGCUCGUUUUUGUUCACCUCAGAAUCUGUAGGCGAGGGUCAUCCAGACAAGAUGUGCGAUCAGAUCAGUGACGCCAUUCUGGAUGCACAUCUCCAGCAGGAUCCGAACGCCAAAGUUGCCUGUGAAACCAUCUCAAAGACUGGAAUGAUUUUGCUGUGCGGAGAGAUCACCUCAAAGGCUGUCAUCGACUACCAGAAAGUAGUUCGUGAAACCGUCAAGCACAUCGGUUACGAUGAUUCCUCAAAAGGCUUCGAUUGGCGUACGUUGAAUUUAUUGGUCGCCAUUGAACAGCAAUCGUCGAACAUUGCCCAAGGUGUACACAUUGACCGCGACGAGGAUAACGUUGGCGCGGGUGAUCAGGGUUUGAUGUUCGGAUAUGCAACCGAUGAAACGGAAGAAUGCAUGCCAUUGACCGUUGUGCUGGCCCAUCGCCUGAACGAAAAGAUCGCUGAGCUGCGCCGUAGCGGUGAAUUCUGGUGGGCUCGCCCAGAUUCCAAGACCCAGGUCACAGCCGAAUACGUCUUUGAAUCGGGUGCAUGCAUCCCACAGCGAGUGCACACCAUUGUGGUGUCGCUGCAGCACUCGGAAAAGAUCGGCCUGGAUGAAUUGCGCAAGAAUAUUAUGGAUAAGGUCGUCAAGGAUGUCAUUCCAGCCAAGUACUUUGACUCGAACACCAUCGUUCACAUCAACCCUUGUGGUCUGUUCAUCAUUGGUGGACCACAGGGUGACGCUGGCCUAACUGGUCGUAAGAUCAUCGUAGACACUUAUGGAGGUUGGGGCGCUCACGGUGGUGGUGCCUUCUCGGGCAAGGACUUCACAAAGGUCGAUCGCUCGGCUGCAUAUGCGGCUCGUUGGGUGGCCAAGUCGUUGGUGAAGGCUGGAAUCUGCCGGCGCUGUUUGGUGCAGGUUGCGUAUGCAAUUGGACUCGCUGAACCACUUUCGAUCACAGUAUUCGACUAUGGAACUUCCAAAUACAGCCAGAAGGAACUGCUAAACAUUGUCUCAAAGAACUUUGAUCUACGUCCGGGAAAAAUUGUCAAGGAUCUAAAUCUGAGGACACCAUUCUACCAGCGUACUAGCACAUAUGGACACUUUGGACGCGAAGGCUUCCCAUGGGAGGAACCCAAGGAAUUGGUGAUGAACUGAUUGGCAGCACCAACCGUUGGUUGCGGUAGUAGGAGCGAAGCGCUCGCUUCUUAUACCGCAGACAGCAGCGAGGAGGUUGCACCAGUCGCUUCGAAAAAAGCCAAGCUAGACGUUUAAGAGUAUAACCGAGCAUGAAUAGGGUUUAUUUUAAACAAAGUUUUUCGCCAGAUUUUCUUUUUACAAGUGUAAGUGUCUUAAGUUCCCGUGACAGCUGUAAGUUCUAUACGCUGAUAGAUUAGUUCAGUUGCCCUUUCAGAGUCAAUAAGCCGGAUAGUGUCAUAUUUAUGCGCAAGAAAAUAGUUAAUAUUUUCAAUGUGUAUGUUUGUCUGUGUGGCAAUGUGAUUCCUGUAUUUUUUUUUAUGCGAGGUAAAUUACCCUUCCAGUUUACAUGAGUUUUUCAAGGUGAAUCAAAAUUGCCAGUCUAGAACAUUCGAAUCGUGUAGGAAACAAAGUUUAGGAAACGUGAUCUAUAGAGUUAAAAAAUUGUAAAAGAAUUUCUUCGCACUUGCCGCCUUUGUUCGUUGGUUAGCCCCAGUCUUACUUUACACAAAAUCACCGCAAGAAAAAUGUAACAAUCGCAACAAUGUCUCUACAAUUAGUUUGUACGCUAACACAUACACAUACAUUACACUCUUUCAAAAUUGAGAAAAACAACAAAAAGUAGUAUGUAUACAAAAAAAGUGACAUAGUGUUUACAAAAAGUACACAACAAAUACAAAAAAUAACUGUAAAAAAGCAAAAAAAAGUAGAAACAUACGCUGCUCGAUGCGGUUAGGUAUAAAAUGGAUCCCGUGAAUUUUCGGCAAAGCUAGAUCAUUCGGUUGGCCACAGUAGGAACCCCAUCAAGUGCGCUUCCAGCGUAAGACCUAUGGAAGUGCUGCCUGCUGCAAAAUUCGUUGUAUGACGUGAAAAGAAUCAGUUCAAACGUUUCAUAGUGAUAUAUAUUUUUGGUGAAUGGAUUCUAGGGACAUGAUAUUAAACAUGGAGAAGGUACGUAAGAUUCGACAUUGCCAUGUUGCAAGCGUGAAUCGAAGAAAGGCUUGAAACUAAAAUAUAUAGAAUAUGAAACACUUGCCAAGGUAAAACUUCGUUGAAUCUGGAUUAUGCUCUUUAACAGUGAUCAGUACUCAAUUGGUUCUUUCAAACUUAUCACUUAACAUCAAAUAGCGUGUCCAUCCAUAGACAUGAAAUCAGCAUUUAUGACGGCAAUAUCUUUAUAACGUUUAAGAAUCGAAUGGUGCUUAUUGGAUAAAGCCUUAAAGGUGACAUCACAAUUUGCAAACCAUGGGACAGCCGUACUCUCAGGUCUGACAAGAUUAACGGAAUUGUAUCAAAUAACUGCCAGUUUUGGUUUUGAUUAGAUCAUAGUGUAAAACACAUUCAAUAGAUUUAACACGCUGCUCCGAUUUAGCAAUACACAAACUGUAAUGGAAUCUCCUCAUUCUGUAGGUUGAUGUACUUCUAGAAUUCAAAAUCCAUAAAUUUGAAUUCUAGGGCCACACAGCAAGCCACAGAGUAGAACAUUAUAUUUUUUCAUAGUGCGUAAAAAGUAGCACUUUGCAAACUAUUUCAUUCAUCAUCAGGAAUGCAAAUACUUCUUUUCCAAAGUGGCGGCCCCGAUGCCACCGAUCUGGUCCAGUUGUACGAUCCUCUUCAUGUUCUUCAUGCUUUUGGAACCUACAUCCGGAUGGCAAACUGGUCGGCAUCGAUCCUGGGCUUGUCCUCAGUUCAAUAAUCUCAAUAAUCCACACGCUACGAAGUUUAUUUUUUUCACAUGUUCAUACACGUUUUGUGUUGUGUUUACGCAAAGGAAUUUAUUUGUGGAAAAGAGCCAUUUCGAAAACACUCCGGUCCGCUGAAUGGUUGAAAGGUGCGAUGUGGUACAACAAAAAAAUCAGAAAAAAAAAACUACAGAAAAUUUAAGUUUUUUUAAACUAGCAAAUGUAACUGCUUAUAAAUGUUAGCGUGCUUUAAGUUUUGCUAAAAUUUCACUUGUAGGAAGUUGCACCUGUUAUUUCAGUAAGUGUGCAGAGUAAAACACAAAAUACUUUCCUAAGAGCACUGUAUUUUGUUUUUACAAUAGUAAAUUUUAUCAAAACGAAAAAUCCAACGUUUUAACGCCAGUUAUAUAAAAAUACCUUUAACAAAAAGAAAAUAUAACCCAAACCAGACAAGAAAAAAAGAAAAGAAAAAGUACCACGGCACGCUUUGCGCGAGGGCACGGGCUCAACCAAAAAUAGAGUUUGAAUAGUUUUUUAGUUGUCUUUUAAAGAAUAUUCCCUAAGGUACGAUUUACUUACUUACUGCUGAAAAUAAAAGGCGAAGAAAUAUGAAACAAAUACUGAAUACCAAUCAAAUGGAUUGCAUAUGAAAACAAACAUGAUAAUAAACAUGAAAAAGCAGAAAAAUAUGAAAAUAAAGUCCCACUACUUCUGGUAGAGUAAGACAA